CAUGAGUGACUGGGGAGAGAGCAUUCUGCAGAGCCUUUCAAGGCACCUCCAGAGUGGGUACCCAGAGAGGCGUCGCCUGGCACUCCGAGGCCUCCUGGUGCUCAGCCAGGAUCCUGUGAUGGUUGACGGUGUGCGGAGCCUGACAGAAAAGCUCCUGGAGCUACUGUGGGAUACAGACGGAGAGCUGGUCAGGAUGGCCCUCUCUGUAUUCCUCAAUGGAGUCCAGGCCAGAGGCAUCCCAAUCUCCACCCCCACUGCCCUGGAGCUGGUUGAGGUGCUCCAGACACUCUUUGGCUACGACAACAUCCACGUGCAGCUGCUCUCCAUUGCCCUCUUCCGAAAGGUGUUGAAGUUGGUAGUGGAGGAGGGAAAACAACCCCUGCAGACACACGUGAUCCAGAGCCUGCUGCCACUCUUCUUCCUCUCGCAUGAUGAGAACGAGCAUCUGGCAGAUGCCUCUUGGGAAGUGCUGAUUCGUGCACUCAGAUUCCUGAAGAGAAGGGAUCUCAAGAACAUGCUGGAGGCGGACAAGCCGUGGUGGUUCUGCGACUGCCUGGUGGAAAGCGAGAAGAAACGAGUGGUGGAAUUCAUGUGGCAGGCCAUGCCGUAUCUGGAGAGCCCACAGGAGCCCCUGCAAGAGUUGGCCCUCAGGUUCAUUGGGAUCGCCGCGAAGUACCUGAGAAAGGGGCAGGAGGAGGACGAGCUCAUCAUAGAGGUCAUCAUUGACACCCUUCAAGGCAUGACUGCUGACAGCCCUACCAUCUCAAAAUUCCGGUAGCCUCCAUUCCUCUCUGUUCCAGCCCUGAGAGGAAUGACUGAUGACCUCAGACUCACCAUUGCAGGCCUGGCCAUUCCAAACUGUACAUGCUAAGGGCUGUACAAACAGCUCCCUGCUCCAGACUCCAGCAGCUCCAAGACUGGCUCUGAGGAGGAAAAUGCCUCUUUUCUUCAUGGACGGCCUUUUACACCAGUGUGGGAAUAUCAAAUACAUCUGUACAUCUUAUGAAACACAGAGGCCCAGGAAGUUUUUUUAGAGUCUGGUGUCCACACAAGGGAAGAGGGGAA